AACAUUAAUAACUACAACAGUUUUGGUCGGUUGUUGAAACGAACUGCGAUGUACGAAUUACUGAGAAUAUUGUUUGUAAUCGUCACCUUCUUCCUUACCGUUGAAUGUAAAGAGAUUUCAUGCAUACCUUCUCAGCCUACGAAGUUAGAAACUGAUGAUUUGAUAUGUGAGGAUUGUGUCUGUAACGAUAAUGGCGACGGUAUGAGCUGUGUGGAUAGCACCUGCAUAACACCCAUCGGAGCAACAAGUAGAUUGGUGUUUUUCAACAAAGGUCAUUCAUGCAAUCCUGCUGACGCUAUUCCGACCUAUGUCGGUCGAGACAUGACGUGUGAUGAUUGUAGCUGUGAAGACAAUGGUAAAGCUCUGAUUUGUGCGGAAGGCAGCUGCAUUAGACCCGACGGGUCACAAGUAGAAAAUGAAUGGGGUGCGGUUGACCUUCCGGUGGUAAAACGGUGCAAUUUUGGUAUGUACGUCUUUGACAAGUGCAAUUUGUGCAUGUGCGACCGGAAACAGAAACCAUCCCUUUGUACUAUCAUCGAUUGCAGUAAAAAUUUAAUAAAUAAGCUGAUGCUGAAUAAUCCGAGGUAUCCUCUGAAAUAGAGUUUAACACCUACCCCACUGUAGAGAUGUAAUGGAAGAGAAUAUGCGUCUUUCGUUAUAAAUAAUAAAAUCUUUAAAACAA